AUGGAAAAUCCAAACGAAAAAGAUCCAGGUUGGCAAUAUCUUCGCCUUUCCCGUGAAGAAAUGGCAAAAGAACAUUCAAAACCUUUUGAUUCAAAAAAACAUUGGUGGGUACCAGAUCCAGAAGAAGGAUAUGUUUUUGGAGAAUUAGUAUCAACAAAAGGUGAUAUUUCUACUUUUAAAACUAGUGGAGGAGAAAAAAAAUUUAAGAAAGAUCUUUUACAAGAAAUGAAUCCACCUAAAUUUGAAAAAACUGAAGACAUGUCUAAUUUAUCCCAUCUUAAUGAUGCAUCUGUUCUUUAUAACCUUCGUUCACGUUAUUCAUCUAUGCUUAUUUACACAUAUUCUGGUCUUUUCUGUGUCGUAAUUAAUCCUUAUAAAAGGCUUCCAAUUUAUACUGAUUCUGUUGCUCGUAUGUUUAUGGGAAAACGCCGUAAUGAAAUGCCACCUCAUUUGUUUGCUGUAUCUGAUGAAGCUUACCGUAAUAUGCUCCAAAAUAAGGAAAAUCAAUCUAUGUUAAUUACUGGAGAGUCAGGAGCAGGAAAAACUGAAAAUACUAAAAAAGUUAUUGCAUACUUUGCUAGUGUCGGUGCUUCUCAACAAAAUGCACCAAAAGAAGGAGAGAAAAAAGUUACUCUUGAAGAUCAAAUUGUUCAAACUAAUCCAGUUCUUGAAGCAUUUGGUAAUGCUAAAACUGUUCGUAACAAUAAUUCUUCUCGUUUUGGUAAAUUUAUUCGUAUUCACUUCAAUCGCCAAGGAAAAUUAGCUUCUUGUGAUAUUGAACAUUACCUUCUUGAAAAAUCUCGUGUAAUUCGUCAAGCUCCUGGUGAAAGAUGUUACCAUAUUUUCUACCAAAUAUUUUCUGACUUCAAACCAAACCUUAAAAAAGAACUUCUUCUUGAUUUACCAUUGAAAGAUUAUUGGUUUGUUGCUCAAGCUGAAUUGUCAAUUGAUGGUGUUAAUGAUACUGAAGAAUUCCAACUUACUGAUGAAGCUUUUACUAUUCUUAAUUUCUCUGAAGCUGAAAAAAAUGACUGUUACAAACUUAUGUCUGCUAUUAUGCACAUGGGUAAUAUGAAAUUCAAACAACGUCCUCGUGAAGAACAAGCCGAAGCUGAUGGUGAAGAUGAAGCUAAAAAAGCAUCAAAAAUGUAUGGUAUAGAUUCAGAUCAAUUUUUAAAUGCACUUAUGAAACCAAGAGUAAAAGUUGGUACUGAAUGGGUUUCUAGAGGACAAAAUGUUGAACAAGUUAAUUGGGCUAUUGGAGCUAUGGCUAAAGCUCUCUACGCCCGUGUCUUUGAUUGGCUUGUUAAAAAAUGUAAUCUUACUCUUGAUCAAAAGGGCCUUUCACGUGAUUACUUUAUUGGUGUUCUUGAUAUUGCUGGUUUUGAAAUUUUCGACUUUAACUCUUUCGAACAAUUGUGGAUUAACUUUGUAAAUGAAAAACUUCAACAAUUCUUCAAUCAUCACAUGUUCGUUUUAGAGCAAGAAGAAUAUGCUCGUGAAGGAAUUCAAUGGACAUUCAUUGAUUUUGGUCUUGAUCUUGCUGCUUGUAUUGAACUUAUUGAAAAGCCACUUGGUAUCAUUUCUAUGCUUGAUGAAGAAUGUAUUGUUCCAAAAGCUACUGAUAUGACAUUAGCUCAAAAACUUAUCGAACAACAUUUAGGUAAACAUCCAAACUUUGAAAAACCAAAACCACCAAAGGGAAAACAAGCUGAAGCUCAUUUUGCUAUGCGUCACUACGCUGGUACUGUACGUUAUAAUGUUACUAACUGGUUGGAAAAGAACAAAGAUCCACUUAAUGAUACCGUUGUAUCUGUCAUGAAAGCCAGUAAAGAAAAUGCUCUUCUUCUUGAAAUAUGGUCUAAUUACGCAACUCAAGAAGAAGCUGCUGAAAAAGCUAAAAGUGGUGGUGGUGGUGGAAAGAAAAAAGGUAAAUCCGGAUCAUUUAUGACUGUCUCUAUGUUAUACAGAGAGUCACUUAACAAACUUAUGGAUAUGCUUCACCGUACUCAUCCACAUUUCAUUCGUUGUAUUAUUCCAAAUGAAAAGAAACUUUCUGGAUACAUUGAUGCUGGUCUUGUUCUUAAUCAACUUACAUGUAAUGGUGUACUUGAAGGAAUUAGAAUUUGCCGUAAAGGUUUCCCCAAUAGAAUGAUGCAUCCAGAUUUUGUUGAACGUUAUGCUAUACUUGCAGCUACUGAAGCACGUUCAUCUGAAGAUCCAAAAGCAUGUUGUGCAGCUAUUCUUGAAAAACUUCUUAAACAAAAAAAACUCAAAGAAGAAUUAUAUCGUGUUGGUCAUACUAAAGUUUUCUUCAAAGCUGGUACUGUUGCUCAGAUUGAAGAAUAUCGUGAUGACAGAAUUAAUGAUAUUCUUUCUAAAUUCCAAGCUGUUAUUAGAUAUAACAUUCAACAAGUUGAAUGUAAACAAAGACGUGCCCAAUGGAAUGGAUAUUAUACUAUUCAAAAAAAUAUUCGUCAAUGGUCAAUUUUGAGAACUUGGGAUUGGUUCAAACUUUAUGGAUUAUUGAAACCACAUCUUAAAUCUGGAAAAUAUGAAGAAGAAAUGGCUAAAUUGAAUGCUGAAAUAGAAAAACUUGAAGUUGAAUCAAAGAAAGCUGAAGCUGUUCGUUCUCAACAUGAGAAAGAAUUAAAAGCAAUUGAAGAAGAACGAGAUAAAUAUCUUGCUGAUUUAGAACUUCUUAGAGAUUCAGGUGGUAAGAUUCAAGAAACAUUAGUGAAUCUUGCAAACCAAAAAGCUUCAUUGGAACGUAAUGUAUCAGACGCUAAAGACAGAUUAUCUGACCAAGAGACAAGAAGAGAAGAAUUGGAGCGUGCUGUACGUAAAGGAAAUAAGGACAGAGAACAAUUUACUAAUCAAAUUGAGACAUUAAAUGAUAAUUUGAAAAAAAUAGAAAAUGAAAAGGAAGAAAAAGCUGAAAGAAUUAAAAAUCUUCAAGAUGAAAUGACACGUCAAGAUGAGGCUAUUGCUAAUUUGAACAAAGAAAAAAAACGAAAUGAGGAAGAAAAUAGAAGACUUGGAGAAAAUCUUCAAGCAGAAGAAGAAAAACAUGCACAAGCUAUGCGUCUUAGAGUUAAGCUUGAAAAGGCUAUUGAGGAAAUUGAAGAUAAUCUUGAUAGAGAACGCAGAAUACGUUCAGAUAUUGAAAAGGCAAAGAAAAAAAUUGAAAAUGAACUCGGAAUUUCACAAGAAGCUUUAGAAGAAUUAGGAAAAAGAAAAAGUGAAAUUGAAGACAAAUUACUUAAAAUUGACGAAGAAAUUAAUAGUUUUGCACUAGCACUUGAAGAAAAACAAAGAACUGUUUACAAAUUACAAAGAACUAUUAAGGACCAAACUAACAGAAUAGCUGAACUUGAAGAAGAACUUGAAACAGAGCGCCAAGCAAGAGCUAAAGUUGAUAAGGCUAAAGGAAGUGUUCAACUUCUUUUAGAUGAAAUUAAUGAUGCCCUUGAUGAGGAAGCCGGAAAAAUUGCUGCUCAACAAGAACUUUCUAAAAAGAAAGAUCUUGAAUUGAUGAAAUUAAGACAAGAACUUGAAGAAGCUAACAUUAACAACGACACUCAAUUAGCAUCUCUUAGAAAGAAGAAUAAUGAAAAUAUUAGUGAACUUAACGAGAAACUUGAACACUUACAAAAAAGCAAAGCUAAAACUGAUAAGGAUAAAGAGACCCUUAGAAGACAAGUUGAUGAAGUAACAAUUCAAUUAGGUGAAGAAACAAAAGGCAAAUUUGAUAACGAAAGACUUGUUAAGAAUGUUGAAAACCAAGUUUCUGAAUUACAAGCCAGAACUGAACAACAACAUAAAACAAUUCAAGAAUUAUUAGCCUUUAGAAGUCGUGUUGCUGGAGAAAAUGGUGAUUUAGAGGCUCAAGUUGAAGAAUUAGAAGCACAACUUACUUCUGUUUCUAAGAAAAAAGCUCAAAUUUUGUCACAAUUAGAUGAAGCAAAGAGAAAUGUUGAUGAGGAACAUCGUGAAAAACAAGAACUUUCUGCAACAACCAAAAAUCUUCAACAUGAAAUUGAUGUAAUUCAUGAACAAAUUGAAGAAGAAAUCAAUCUUAAAGAAGAAAUUUUGAAACAACUUUCUAAGGCUAAAGCUGAAAUACAACAAUGGAAAGCUAAAUUUGAAAGUGAAGGUCUUACAGCUGCUGAUGAAAUGGAGGAAGAAAAAAGAAGAAGACAAGCUAAAAUAUUGGAACUUCAAGAAUCAAUCAAUGAGGCUAAUAAUAAAUGCUUUACUUAUGAAAAAGCAAACAACAGACUUAUUGUUGAAGUUGAAGAUGCUCGUGUUGAUGCUGAAAGAUAUGCCAGUCAAAUUAGUCAAUUGGAAAAGAAACAUGGAGGAUUUGACAAAAUUAUUGACGAAUGGAAACGUCAAGUUGAUGAUCUUUCAAUGGAUAUUGAAAAAGCAAAUAAUGAGUCACGUUCUGCCACUGCUGAAGCAUAUUCACUCCAAUCAACAUCAUCCCAACUUUCAGAACAAAUUGAUGAAUUACGUCGUGAUAAUAAAACAUUAGCCAAUAAUAUUCGUGAUUUGUCUGAACAAGUAGAUUCAGGAAAUAGAACAAGCCAAGAAGUACACAAAAAAGUUCGCAUGUUAGAACUCGAAAAAGAAGAACUUCAACAUGGUCUUGAUGAAGCAGAAGCUGCACUUGAAGCAGAAGAAUCAAAAGUUAUUCGUGUACAAACAGAGGUUUCACAAAUUAGAUCUGAAAUUGAUAGAAGAAUUCAAGAAAAAGAAGAAGACUUUGAAAAUACACUUAAAACUCACCAACGUGCUAUUGAAUCAAUGCAAACAUCACUUGAAACUGAAACUAAAGCAAAGAAUGUAUUACUUCAAAGUAAGAAGAAACUUGAAGGAGAUAUUAAUGAGUUAGAACUUGCAUUAGAUCAUGCCAACAAAACAAAUGUUGAUGCUCAAAAGAAUAUUAAAAAAUGUAUUGCUCAUGUACAAGAACUUCAAUCACAAUUAGAUGAAGAACAAAAGAUUCGUGAAGAAUAUAGAGAAAACUACCUCAAUUCAGAAAAGAAAUAUGGAAUUGUACAAGCUGAAGUUGAAGAACUUGUUAUACAAAAGGGACAAAUUGAAAAAUUGAAAUCUACUUUAGAUGCUGAACUUCAUAAUAUUAGAACAUCUAACAAUGAAUUAGCUAAUGAAAAUUCUUCUGUUAGUACAUUAAAGAGAAAUAUUGAAAAUGAUAUUGUUCUUGUUAGAGAUAAUAUGGAUAAAUCAUUAUCUGAAUUAAAAACACUUGAAGAAAACUACAAAAAGAUUUUAUCUGAUAUUGGAAGACUUUCAGAAGAAUUACAUCAAGAGCAACAACAUUAUGAACAUGUUGAUCGUAUUCGUAAAGGAUUUGAACAACAAAUCAAAGAACUUCAAAUUAAACUCGAAGAAGCUGAAGUCAAUGCUCAUCGUAAUGGUCAAAGAAAUAUUGAAAAACUUGAAAGCUUAGUCAAGAAGAGAGAACAAGAAUUAGAAAGUGAAACUAGAAGACAUAAAGAAACUAUUAAAUUAGUUAGUAGACAUGAAAGAGAAGUUCGUGAAAGACAAUUUGAUUUAGAUGAACAAAAGAAGUCUGCUCAAAAAAUGCAAGAAUUAAUUGAAAAAUUGCAAGGAAAGAUUAAAGUACAAAAGAGACAAGCUGAAGAAGCUGAAGAAUUAGCUACUAUUAAUCUUCAGAAAUAUAGACAACUUCAAAUUGCUUUAGAUCAUGCUGAAGAAAGAGCUGAUGAAGCUGAGAAUAGUCUCCUUCGCAUGAAGACAAUGAUUCGAGUAGGUGUUAGUAAAAGCGAAAAGAAAAUAUCAAAUUCUCGCGAUGAAUAG